AUGCUAGCUUUCUGGAGAGGUCUCAAUGACUCUUAUGUAAGAGAGAAGCUGCUCCAUUCUUGGGAGAACCGUCCACGGCUUCUCAUCCAGAAAGGAAGGAAACCUAGUUUAGAAGAGCAAGAUAGAUCUUUCCACGAGGCCUUCAAAACCUCCAAGUUUUGCAUCUGCCCUGCAGGCCCUGAUAUCGAUCGUUACAUAGCAUUAGCAAUUCAAUAUGGAUGUGUUCCAGUUAUCUUGUCUGACUACUAUGAUUUGCCAUUCACGGACAUUCUUGACUGGAGGACAUUCUCUCUAAUAGUCAAGGAGAGUUCUGUCUAUUACAUAAAGGGAUUGCUUGAGGUGGUAGGAGAGCCUGAAUAUCAAGCCCUGCAGACCAACGUAGUCAGGGUACAGAUAUUUUUGUCUCACAAGCCCUCUACUUCAAUUGUUUCUGAAAUUCUCUCUGGAAAAGACUUGUGA